ACGACGCCAUUGAAUCUUGUUGAGCUUUUCGAGAGACCAGAGCGAGCGCUGGUUUAUCGAGGGCUGAAGAGAUUCAUUAUGCCAAUUUUGAUGAAUUGAUUGUUCAUCGAGGAAAAAAGGGUAUUUAUAUGCUUUAAUUCAAAUGGUGGGGUUGAGAAGAUCGUGACGAAGAAGGAUGUUCUGCGUUUCUUGUUGCAUGCCACAAGCGAAGGACACAAAACCAUUCCAGGACACAAAAACCCUUGCUCCCAUUGCUAAUCUAUCCUUGAAAACUGAGAGCAUAAGGAAAAAGUAUGUAGCGGAAGAGAUAGAGAAACUUGGGAAGAACAAUAUAUCUGCCGAGAUCUUCGCUUUCCACGACCUGUCUGUCGCCACGAACAACUUCGAUGCCGAUAAUUUGGUGGGUGAAGGCGGCUUUGGGAGGGUCUACAAAGGCCGCAUUCAAGGAAAAAAUGAGGAUGUGGCAGUGAAGCAAUUAGACCGAAAUGGAUUCCAAGGCAACAGAGAGUUUCUGGUAGAAGUUAUGAUGCUGAGUCUUCUUCACCAUCAAAACCUCGUAAAUCUGGUCGGAUACUGCUCUGAAGGCGAUCAAAGAAUUCUUGUUUACGAGUACAUGCUCCACGGCUCAUUAGAAGAUCAUCUCUUAGAUUUGAGCCCAGAGAAGAAGCCUCUCAGCUGGGACACCCGGAUGAAAGUGGCUCACGGCGCAGCACGAGGGCUCGAGUACUUGCACGAGACCGCGAGCCCUCCGGUCAUCUACCGAGACUUCAAGGCCUCCAACAUACUCCUAGACGCCAACUUCAACCCUAAACUCUCGGAUUUCGGGCUAGCCAAGGUCGGCCCUGUUGGAGAAAGACCCCAGGUUUCGACCCGGGUAAUGGGGACGUACGGCUACUGCGCCCCUGAAUACGCCGCCACGGGCCAACUCACCACCAAGUCGGACGUGUACAGUUUUGGGGUUGUGUUUCUCGAGAUGAUCACCGGUCGGAGAGUCAUUGACAAUGAUAGACCUAGUCAAGAGCAGAACUUGAUCGAAUGGGCACAACCAUUGUUUAAAGACAAGAAGAAAUUCCACACGAUGGCGGAUCCGUUGUUGGAAGGGGAGUACCCGGAGAAGUCGUUGUACCAAGCUCUCGCGAUUGCAGCGAUGUGUUUGCAAGAAGAUGCUCCAUCGCGGCCGUUGAUUUCGGACGUAGUAACUGCAUUAGAAUUUUUAUCAGCAGAGUAAGCAGUUACUAAAUUGGGGGAAUUGGUUGUAUUAAGGUUCAAUUGAAUUGAGUGUAUGUUUCAACUCGAACAUAUGCAGUUCACGAUCAAUCGUUCAAUUUUGUACUCCAAUCGUUGGUUACUCGUGCAAAUACAACCCUCCUAUAUCCCGACCCAGUUGAAUUGAAUUGUUGA